UGUCUUGCGCCCCCGCCUCCACACUUCCUCUUUCCUUCUAUGCAAUGUAUGGACAGCAUCCUCUCUUACAGCCCGGUGCCGGAGGUGGCCGUGGCCGUGGGGUGGCACCACCGACACAACAAGGACAAUACCUCAAUCCUAACAUAUUCUCAAAUCCCAACCUUUUCCACCUCCAACAGACCCCCAACUUAUUGCCUCACCUGAACCCCUUCCUUCAAAACCCUAGCAAUUUCCAAUUCGAGCAAAAUCCUAGCAAUUUUCCGCCAAUUCCACAAAUCCCCACUAAUAGUUUCCCAAUUCUGCAAAUUCCGAAUACUUAUUGUUCGACGGUUAGUCCUAAUAAUAAUAAUAAUACCCGCAGCAAAAACUACAACAAAUUCCCGCAGCAACAGCAUCCUCAAGAUAAAUUACAUAACGAGGCCAUUGAAAGAGUUGAUAGGGCAGUUGUGAAGGCUCGUGGUGACCUUUUGGCUUCGAAAGAGAAUGUUUCGGCUUGGAAAGUGUCGCAGGGUGCGUUACUAAUGGUAAAAGCGGAUUCUUGGGAGUCCUUGGGGUUUCAGAUGCAGCAAGUGCCCACUCUAAACCACCUCUUAGUUACUGAAGGGAAGGUUAAUGCCUUCAUCCACUGCUUUGUUGCUGUUAGAAGAAUUACUUCUUUGUAUGAUUUGGAUGUGGCAAUCUGCAAGAGCGAGGGCAUUGAACAGUUUGAAGAGCUAGAAUUGGGCCCUUUGGUAAGACAUCCACUGGCCAUGCAUUAUUUUUCUGUCAGUUCUGAUGUGGCAGAAGUACACAGAAUAACAAGCGAAGAGAUAAUUUCGUACCUUUUCGAGUUCAUGGAUACACAAAAAAGGAAACUUAAGGUUGAUGCUUUCUUGGAUUUUAUUGCGAAGAAGCAAUCUGUCUCCAACAGGGAAAAGCUUUGCGUGCGUAUUCAGAAUUUGAGAACAUAUGCUACUCACAUUCAACAAGCAAGACAAUUAGAAGAUCGAGCACUAGAAAAAUGCCUCGAGAAAAUGAAAAAGGAAUCUGCUAAAGGGGGCAGGAAACGCCCACUUUUUUCUGCACAGAAAAAGCAGAUGGAUGACCAUUUUGGUUCAAUAUCCCAGCGUAUCAAACUAUUUUCCUCGAAAAAUAAGAAGUUUUGUGGUAAACACAUAAGAUUUGUAUCUUCAAGUUCAGAAGAUGAUGUUAGCGUUGAUAGUGAAUGUGAAGAUAAUCAAAAUGAGAACAAUUCACCCAGCAACUGCAGUACUUUACUCCCAAAUCUUAGAGCAGAUCGAGUCAGUAGUUGUCCUUAUCCAUCAGCAGCUGAAGAAAUGACUCGGCUGGGUUUGAAAAGCGCUGUAGAUGGUAGCUCCUGUGCUCCGAGUGACAGUGUAAGAUGUAGUGAUGAUAUUGAGUCAUCUCAAAGAAAGAGAAAAUCUGAAAAUAUUAGUUUCAAAGCCUCUUCUCCUCAGAAGCUGCUUAAAAGAGAGAAGUUCGACACAGAUAUCAAGCGAAAAAGUUUUAGCAAUCAGGGCACAAAUGAUUAUUUACUUGCCAAUGAUUCGUUAAGGAUGUUCAUUACCACUUGGAAGGAGGCAUGCCGAGGGAACAGUGUAGAUGAGGUUCUUGAGAGAAUGCUUCUAACAUACAAUACAAGGAAAAAGAAGAAAGUCAAAGCAUUGUUUACAUCAUACCCCUGUGUUGGAUUGCUAAACGUUGCAGUUACUUCUAUGAAAUUUGGAAUGUGGGAUAAUAUGUAUGACACUUUUCAAGCUUUUAGCCAACAAGAUUUGGCUGGCAGCAUUUCCGAAAAUUCAGCGGAUUGCAUUAGCAUAGAUGUUGAACAAGCUGAAAAGGACUCAUCCAUAUCCGGGCAGAUAACUCUUAAGCAUGAGCAUGGAGUCACAGCUGAAGAUAUGGUGAAGAAACUUUCAGGAUAUUUUGAUGAAGACAUCACAAGUAAUGAAAAUCCAUCUCGAGAAAAGAAAUUUCUUUUCUUCAGGAAGCUUUCUCAGUGUGAGUCUUGGCUAACGAAGCAAUAUUCGGUCAAAAAAUUUGAGUUCCUGGGUUAUGGGGAGUAUUAUAUGUUCUUAGAGAAACAUAUGCAUUUGUUGCCUCGUACAUUACAGAAAUGCUUGAUUGGCGACACAAAUGAAAAUCCUUUGGAGGCUCGCUUACAGGCACUUCAAUUGGAUGUAUUGUUGUCACAAGCUUCCAAUAGCUUGUGGGAAAAUGAAACAGUAAGCUUGCAGAAAGUUUCUGAGUUGCUUACAAGGCAAUUUCCUUUAGUAUCCCUCAAAUUAGUGAAAAAUGAUCUCACGGUAAAUAUCGGGCAUGGUGCACGAGAAAAUAAAGGCAAUUUAACUUCGAAGUGUCUCUUGUUUUCUGCACCAUUAUUAAAACCGCGUAGUGUUAGAGACCCAUUAUCUCAGAACGAGAAAAAAAUGCCAGAAACUUUUGGUUCUGAAAUGUAUGUACCCAAAGAAGGAAUUUUUGGUACAGUUAGAACCAAGGAUGCGAUUGAGGUGUUACUUAGAGCUCCAAUGUUGGCUGACUUGGAUUUGUGGUCUCACUGGGACCAUGUAUUUGCUCCUUCUCUGGGUCCUAUUGUGGAAUGGUUGCUGAAUGAGGUCAACAACAAGGAGUUAUUAUUUCUGGCCACAAAAGAUGGCAAAAUAAUUCGUGUUGAUCAUUCAGCAACUAUAGACUCAUUCUUAAAAGUUUUCAUUGAAGGAUCUUCUUUUGAAACAGCAGUGCAACUACUGUCUCUGUAUGUAUUAUAUGGAGGUGAACAACACGUUCCUUUAUCACUUCUAAAAUGCCAUGCACGACAAGCGUUUGAAGUUAUAACUAACAAUUUAAUGGAGAUGGAGUUACAGGAAGAUAAGAAUCCAUUCGUUCACAAAAAGCCAUUUUGUAAUCAGCAUGUAUGUGAUAAAAGCUCAUCCAGCAAUUUAACAAUUAAUUUACAAAAAAACAAGAAUGCAAUGAAUAAAGUGGUUCCUGUUGCUUCAAGGUUCAUACUUGAUUGUCUUAGUUAUUUUCCACUUGAGUUCUGCAGUUCUGCUGCAGAUAUAUUGCUUGACGGGUUGCAAUAUUUUGUGAAGGAUGCAUCUUCAGCCAUCUUGACUGCAUGCGAGCAAAUAGAGAAGCGUCUCAUGCUUCAUGAAGUGGGUAUAUCUCUUGGGAUAGUGGAAUGGGUUAAUGAUUACCACACAUUUCAUUCUUCUGUAGCAACUGAGACAUUGUCCUCUGGAUCUUCAUUCUUAAGUGUUCCUAAUUCUGAGUAUAAUACGGGCUCAAAUAUUAUGCAAGAUAUAUUGAACCAAGAACCUUCAGCUUUAGGUGAAAUAUUGGACUCUAGUGUGGUAGACCGGCCUGAUGGAUGUGCUAAACUGGUCCAUAGCAUAGCUGAUUCAGCUGAGGGUUCAGUUGAUGGUUUAGCUGUAAAUCCAAAGCAGCGUUUUUCUGUACAUGAGAAUCAUAUUGAUCAUGAUCCAGCCAGUGUUAUUGAAUCUAUUCGGCGAGAGGAAUUUGGCUUAGAUCAUAAUCUUUCAGUUACUGAAAAUAAAAUGUUGGAGAAACAACAUGCUCGUUUAGGCAGAGCACUCCAUUGUCUCUCACAGGAAUUAUAUUCUCAGGAUUCUCAUUUUCUUCUAGAGCUGGUAUGUUUGCAUCUACCCUUGUAUGUGAUUGGGAUUGUAACCCCAUUGGGGCUAAAUAGCAUUGCUCAUGUGGUAAGCAGAUCAUAUAGCCCUGAUCACUUACAAGCAGCCAGCUUUUACUGCCAUGCUCUUUUUAAUUCCUAUGCAUGGAUCGCCAACUAUAUUAAUUGGAACCCCAAGGCAACAUGUCCUUUAAAGAAAAAUUUAGAGCUUGAAGAUGAGGAUACACCUGAAGACAUUUCCAGUUGGUUGCAGCCAUUAGGGAGGAAAUGCUUCUCAGCAGAAGCUUGUUACUUCUGGGAGAUGGCAAAAAAACUCGUUAAACUCGAUAUCACCGGUGCCCAUCCUGAACGGGCAGGAAUCCCCCAUCUAAUUGGUUGCACUGGACGGAUACGGAAAACAUUGUCCCCAAUUAUUACAAAUGACAACUUAAAGAUUAGAAACUACAGAAGAACAGUGGAGGACUGUGUACAUAUUGGUUAUGGUUUUUCUAGGCCUGAACCCUACCUUUCCACGGCUUUUGGUGUAAAAAUUGAGGAGCUAUGGAUUUACUACAUUAUUGAUAAUAAAGUCCUUUUGCGUCUGAGACUCUUUUUAGAUAUGUUUGUUGUCUUUUUUAAUUUGCCUUUACUGAUUAAUCUUUUACUGUGUGGAGAACUUUUUGGAAUAUCAUGUAACAUGUCAGUUGUGGGAGACAUGAGCGAGUCUGUAAAUUAUUCGGUUGGUGCUGAUCGUAUGAUCAUUACUUGUGUUCUAACACUGGAUGAAAGUUUCACCAAAUUACAAUUAUGUAAUUUUUUUUUUCCUCUUCCUUGUCCCCAGGUUACUGAUGCUCCAGAAAUACACUCCAAUGGAUUUCAUCUUAAAUUUGAUAUAACUGAAGGCCAGAUUGGUUUUGUUUUGCCCACAAUUGUUCCUCCCUGUAACAUUGACUUGUAUACGAGAUUGGCUUCUGGUGAUACUGAUGAACUGAAUCGUAACUCUUGGAACACAUGCAUAGUACUUCCUUUUAGAUUGAACCUGUCUGAAGGCAUUUCCAUGAAUAACAUCUUAUCUAUGUUCUCAGAUCUUCAUCCAUCUUUGCUACUUUUUCUUCAUCGUCUUCAGUGCAUUAAGUUCAGAAACACACUUGAUGAUUCAUUAAUUGUUAUGAGGAAAGAAGUUAUAAGUGAUGGGAUUAUAAAAGUUGCAAUAGGGAAUGAGAAAAUGACUUGGUUAGUAGCAUCUCAGAAAUUGCAGGCUCAUGUCAUUCGUCCUGAUGUACAAACAACAGAAAUCUCGAUAGCAUUUACAUUGCAGGAAACAGUUGACCGAGAAUUGGUUCCAAUUCUUAACCAGCAGCCUGUUUUUGCCUUUCUUCCUCUUAGAACAUAUGGUCUUAAGUUUAUUCUCCAAGGUGAUUUUAUAUUGCCUUCAUCAAGGGAAGAAGUUGAUGGAAAUAGUCCAUGGAACCAGUGGUUACUCUCUGAAUUCCCAGGCUUGUUUGUUGGUGCAGAGAGAUCUUUUUGUGAUCUUCCUUGUUUUGAAGAGAGCCCUGGAAAGGCUGUUGCAGCAUUUAUGAGUUAUAUUCCACUUUUGGGGGAAGUCCAUGGGUUUUUCGCUAGCCUUCCACGGAUGAUACUUUCUAAAUUGCGCUUGUCAAAUUGCUUACUGCUGGAAGGUGAUGAGAAAGAAUGGGUUCCUCCUUGCAGGGUUCUGAGAAAUUGGACUGACCAAGCUCGUUCUCUAUUACCAGAUAAUUUACUUCAUGAGCAUCUUGGCCUUGGUUACUUGAAUAAAGAUAUAGUUUUAUCUGAUACGUUAGCAGUGGCUUUAGGUGUAGAAGAUUAUGGACCCAAAAUUUUACUUAAGGUUAUUAUUUCAUUGUGCUGUUCAAAUAAUGGUCUGAAAUCAAUGGGCUUCAGUUGGUUAUCUUCUUGCCUCAGUGCCAUUUAUGUGUUGUCAUCCCAUUCUUCCGGUCAAAGUCCCUCCAGUCGUGGGACUGGAUCGGAUAUCACCUAUGAACUUCGGAAAGCCCCAUUUAUCCCUCUUUCAAGUGGUAAAUAUGGUACAGUGGAAGAAGGCACCAUUUGGUUUCAUUCUGAUGUAGCAAGUCUAGGGAUCAAUGAUGAAUCCGUUUUCAAGGUUUUCCCUAAACUGUAUGAUAGGCUGCGGAUUGUGAGUCCCAACCUCAUUUCUGCAGCUGCUUCUGUUGAGAACUCAUCCUCUGACACGUCCAUAGUGGAGAAUGUUACAAGGUUGCUUUAUAGAGUUGGUGUUCAGCAGUUAUCUGAUCAUGAAAUUGUGAAGGUUCACAUCCUACCAGCUCUCUCUGGUGGUGGAAGUGGAUUGGUACAGGAAGAACUGAUGACAGAGUACCUCUCUUUCGUAAUGUUCCACCUACAAUCAGGUUGUACUACCUGUAGCUCAGAAAGGGGGGACAUUGUUUCAGAGUUACGUGAUAAGGCUCUGAUCUUAACAAAUUAUGGCUAUAAACGACUUAGUGAGGUUCCAAUCCAUUUUAGUAGAACCUUUGGAAAUCCUGUUGAUGUAAAUCAACUAAUUACUGGCCUUGAUGUGAAAUGGCACGAAAUUGACGCGGCCUAUUUGACGCAUCCAAUUACCAAAUUACUAUCUGGUGGAAUGUUGAAGUGGAGAAAUUUCUUACUAGAAAUAGGAGUAACAGAUUUUGUGAAAAUAGUUCAAGUUGAGAAGUGUAUUUCUGGUAUGCCUCACGAUGCAAUGAAGACUACAAUGUGGAAUGGAGACGCAUUUUCAACAAGGUCAGAGGCCAAAAAUUGGGAAUCUGAAGAGUUGUUUCAUUUGCUAUCAAAACUGUCUUCGAGAGGCAAUCAGGAAAAGUGCAAGUACUUCUUGGAGGUGCUCGAUACAUUAUGGGAUGACUAUUUUAGUGAUAAGGUUUCCGGUUAUUGCAUUGAUUCCACUGGUGAAAGCAAACCAUUCAAAUCAUCACUUAUAUGCGUCCUCCAAGAUGCUUCGUGGAUGGUGUCUAGUAUAGAUAAUGAACUUCAUUUUCCUAAAGAUUUAUUCCACGACUGCAUAGCAGUUAACUCGGUUCUGGGCGUUAGCGGCCCUUAUGCCAUUCCGAAGGUGAGGAGCAGAAAGUUGGUAGAUGAUAUUGGUCUAAAAACUCAAGUUACUCUUGAUGAUGCUUUAUCUAUUCUAAAACUUUGGAGAAGACCUGACAUAUCUUUCAAGGCUAGCGUCUCUCAAAUGUCAGAUUUUUACACAUUCAUCUGGAAAGAAAUGUCUACUUCAAAGCAGAAAAUAGUGGAGGAAUUACAUUCUGGACCUUUUAUUUUUGUUCCAUGUGCAUCCGACUCUUCACGUGAGGAUGCAAUACCUGGUGCCUUUUUAUCACCUCAGGAAGUAUAUUGGUACGAUAGCACUGGUUCCAUGGACCAAAUGGAGUUGAAUGAUCAGGACCGUGUUUCAGAUAUUGCAAGUUCCUUGAGAAAAAUGCUACGUAAUUUUUAUCCUAACCUUCAUGACUUCUUUGUAAAUGAGUGUGGAGUGGACGAGAUUCCUCCUUUCCUUAGCUACCUCGAGAUUUUGCUUCAGUUAUCUACCAUUGCUUUACCUCAUCAGGCUGCAAAGACAGUUUUCCAGGUUUUCUUACAAUGGGGUGAUGCAAUAAAAUCUGGAUCGAUGAGUUUGGAAGAUGUUGAAUACCUGCAAGAUAGUCUUCUGAAAAAGGAAUAUGCUGUGCUUCCCACUAGACAAGAUAAAUGGGUUUCUCUACACCCAUCAUUUGGUCUUGUCUGCUGGUGUGAUGAUGAUGAUUUAGGAAGGGAAUUCAAGCAUCUUGAAGGUGUCAACUUCCUGUACUUUGGGGAAUUUCCUGAUGAAGAACAUGCAAUGCUUCAAGCAAAGAUCUUAAUCAUUAUGAACAGACUAGGGAUUCCUGCUCUUUCAAAGAUUGUAACUCGCGAGGCAAUAUAUUAUGGUCCAGCGGACUGUAGUUUCAUAUUUUCUCUGGUGAAUUGGGCUCUUCCUUAUGCUCAACGCUACAUCUUGAAUGCGCAUCCAGAUAAAUUUUUUCAACUGAAGCAGUCUAAUUUUGAAGAUCUGAGGCGUUUGCAGAUUGUUGCUGUUGAAAAGUUGUUUUGCCGUAACGUUAUGAAGUGCGAGAUUACAUCAAAGAAAAGAUAUGAAUGUAGUUGCCUUUUACAGGACAACAUCCUAUACUGCAGUCAAGAAUCUGAUUCCCACUCAAUAUUCAUGGAACUUUCUCGCUUACUAUACGAUGGAACUCCUGAAUUGCACUUUGCAAAUUUUCUUCACAUGAUCACAACCAUGACAGAAUCAGGUUCAACCGAGGAGCAAAUAGAGUUCUUCAUUUUGAACAGCCAAAAGGUGCCAAAACUCCCUCCCGAUGAACUUGAGUGGUCCCUUUCAGUGGAGAACAAUGCAACACUAGUGGAAAAUUCUGUUUCAAAGAGGACAGAGGAACAAAACCCUACGGUGUUCCAGAGGAGACCGGGCAUCAACUCAAAUUGGCCACCUGCUGAUUGGAAAACUGCACCUGGUUUUGAUUCUGCCUGUCGUACAUUUGGAUUCAAUACAUCGGCUGGCAGCAGCCUGCAGCAAACUACAAAGAGGGAUGGUGUCACAGAAAAUCUUGAAAAAUCGGUGGUUGAGGUUGGCAGUGAAUCGAUUAUAGACAGUGAUCCAAUUGUAAUCAUUCCAGCAGCUUCACCAGAUGCUGAGAUUUCAGAAAGUCAGUUUAAUUUGGCAAGCAACACGAAUGAUUCUGAUAUGAAUGUGGCACUUGAUUCUGUUGAUCUCGUCGAUAACUUAAAUUUUGGUUCAUCAAAUUCUAUCGAGAGAGAUCACUUAUAUGUAAACGCCGCCAAUGCACAACAGGCAUUGUUUACAGGGAGACUUGGAGAAUCUGUAGCUUUCAAAUAUUUUACCGAGAAAGUCGAUGGAAUGUCUGUGAAAUGGGUCAAUAAAGCUAAUGAGACUGGGCUACCCUAUGACAUUACUAUAGGUGGUGAUGAAAAUAGGGAAUACAUUGAAGUCAAAGCAACCAAAUCAGCAAGAAAGAAUUGGUUUGUUAUAUCAAUGAGAGAGUGGCAAUUUGCAGUUGAGAAAGGUGAAUCUUUUAGCAUAGCUCAUGUGAUUUUAUCCGGUAACAAGAUGGCAAAGAUUACAGUAUAUAAAAAUCCAGCAAGACUCUGCAAGCUUGGUAAUCUAAGGUUAGCGAUGGUGGUGCCAAAAUAGCUGGAGUUGUCUGCCAAGGACUGUGUUAUGAUCCACUACUAUUAACAAGAAGCGCUUCCUCGUAUAUUUGGCCCUUGGAUUAAAGCGUGCUGCUAUGGUGCAGCAAUAUGACCAGGGUCGCUAUACGAAAAAUGCAGCCAGAUUUGUCUAGGCUGGUAAUUUAAAGUUAGCAGUCGCGCUUUGUUUAGAUAACUUAAUUUUUUGCCCCCUUUUGGGUAAUUACAAUUUUGGGGCUCCCCUGAUGUCAAUAUACCAUAUACCGUGAGCCGCUUACUCAGAUGUUUUCCAGUUGGGUAAGCACAUACAGCAACACUGAGAUUGUCUUGAUGUGGAUGAAGAAAACAUUGGUCAACUUACUGCAAAUAUGUUUGGUGAUAUUGACAAAGAUUUUGUAUAUGGCGAAACAGCCAACAGAAUUUGUAGCAGCAUUGCAUUUUCAGGUUCAUUUUUCAUUUGUUAUAGAUUUGUGGUUCAUUAUUAUGAUUAGUAUAGUCUGUACUCUCUAAAAGACAGGUGACAAAUGUACAGUUAUACGAUAUAAAUUUAUUUGGAUCUUCUCUUUGCUGGUAAAA